CGUCUUCUUCAUUCUUCACAAAUCUCUUUUGUCCCUCGCUGUUAAACCCUAGAUCUUCUUCUUUCUCAAAAUAUUUCAAUAGUGUCCGCAGAUGUUGAGAUCCGGUGCUUCGUUGAAGGUCUAGCCUAGACCACCGAUGACAGAGCUCUUGAGACAGCCUUCUCUCAAUACGGCGACCUUGUUGAUUCCAAGGUCUGUUACAUGCCGAGAUCGAGGCAAUUUACUAAUGUGUCUCUGAAUUUGGGUAAUUGUACCGGAAAUUGAUAAGUUUGGUACGGAGAUCCGGUUUAGUGUGGUUUGAUGGAUCAAGCUUUGAAAUUGGGGGAAAGAGAAAACCAAAAUUUCUCGCUUGUUCUUGUUAGAGAGAGAGAGAGAGAGAGAUCGCCGGAGAUGGGUUACGGAUGGGCGAUCUUCGAGGGGAUAGUGGUGAUGGGAUCUCUGUGUCUGUUUCUCAAUCGGAGGCUUUACAAGGAGUACGAAGAGAAGCGAGCCUUGGUUCAAAUCAUUUUCAGCAUCGUCUUCGCCUUCUCUUGCAACCUCUUACAGCUCGUUCUCUUCGAAAUCAUCCAUGUUUUAUCUCGAGAGCAAGGAUACGGUGGUGGAAGACGUGAGGGUGGAGGAGGAUACGGUGGUGGUGAAGGAGGAAGUUACGGAGGAAGCGGUGGAGGAGGAUGGUAAUUCCAUUAAUUAGAUCGGGGAUUAUUUUGAAAACUCUCUUUAUCACUCUCUCUCUCUCUCUCGUUAUGCUUCUGUUUCGUUGUGUUUGGUUCCUAUCGUCUCUUUCGGUUCUCUGUUUCAACUGUUUAGAUUUGAUGUAACAGAUUUAAAAUAGAAUUCAAAAAUUUUGCUUCCUAUAAAUUUUGUAAAGCGUUGCACAUUAUUAUUAUACCAUCACGUUUACACUCUUUUAAACA